AUGCGCGGGGGGGCACCCCGGAAGCGGCGCGGAGAGGCGGAGCGGCCGCGCCCGGCACCUGCCCGCUGCAGCUCUGGUGCCCGCGGCCCUUCGGCACCUACAGCCAGAACAAGCCAUGCGCCGGCCCCGGCGCCGCCAAGAAACCCUUCAGCCCGUCCUGCCGCCACACCGAGAACACGCCGCCCCCCCCCGAGCACCGGCACCGGCGCCGCGGCACCACCGGCACCACCGGCACCGGCGUCGGAGGAGGGCCGGGUGCUGCUGGACACGUGGUACGUCAUCAAGCCCGGCAACACCAAGGAGAAGGUGGCGUUCUUCGUGGCGCACCAGUGCGGCGCCGGCGCCCGCGCCAGCACCAUGAAGGUCAAAGGCAACUGGGGCAGCGACAGCUCCAAAGCCAAGCGGCGCCGGCGCUGCCACGACCCGGCCAAGGCGAAGCCGAGCGCGGUCGGCGCCGACGAGGAGCCGCUGCCCGGUGAAGCCGCCGAGCUGGUGUCGGUGGCGGAGAUGGUGGCGCUGGUGGAGCAGCGCACGGCGCUGGCGCUGCAAAGCUUCCCCCCGGUGCUGGUGGAGGCCCCGAGCGGCGGCGACGCCAAAGCGCCGAGCGCCGCCGAUUGCAGCCGCGUGGCCGAAGCCGUCGCCCACUUCGAGUCGCGGCACCGCGACGGCGCCGCCAGACCCAACGGCUUGUGCCGGCCCGGCGCCGAAUGCCCGGCGGCGGCGGCGGCAGCACCGGCGGCGCCCGGUGAGGUCCGCAUCGCCUUCCGCAUCGCCAGCGGCCGCGAGCCGCGCGCCGGCGCCGCCACCGAAGCCGGCGGCACCGGUCGCCCCGGUUGCGUGUUCGUGAGCGGCGCCAGCGCCGGCGGCCGCGCCAAGGACAAGAUCACGUGCGACCUGUACCGGUUGAUCAGCCCGUCCCGGGACGUGCUGCCCACCAACGUGGAGCUGCUAUUGGCCGCCGCCGGGCCUAAAGGCGACGGCGAUGGUGGCGACGCCGUUGUUGGCCGCAGCGAGAGCGCGGCGGCGCCGGCGGCGAAGGCGGACGCGUGCGAUGGAGCCCUGGACGCGGCGGCGGCGGCGGCGCCGGGGCGGGAUUGCGCCGCCGGCUUCCAUGUGGACGUGGUGGUGACCGGCGUGGUGGAUCAAUGCGUCUUCUACGGCAAGGACAGCGCCAAGCAGGUGACGGAGGAGACGGUGCGGCUGCCCGCGGCACCCAAGGACGAGCCGGCGCCGCCGCCGCCGCCGCCGCCGGGGCAGCUCUUCCUCUUCCCCAUCACCGAUGAGCCGGCGGCGGCGGCGGCGGCGGCGCCGGAGCCGGAGCCGACGGCACCGGGGGCCGACCCUUCGCUUUGCCGCUUGUACCGCCACGUGUCCCACGACUUCCUGGAGAUCCGGUUCAAGAUCCAGCGGCUGCUGGAGCCGCGGCAGUACAUGCUGCUGCUGCCGGAGCACGUCAUGGUGAAGAUCUUCAGCUACCUGCCCACCCAGGCGCUGGCCGCCCUCAAGUGCUCCUGCCACUACUUCAAAUCCCUCAUCGAGACCUUCGGCGUCCGCGCCACCGAUUCGCGGUGGAACCGGGACCCCUUGUACCGCGACGACCCCUGCAAGCAGUGCAGGAAGCGCUACGAGAAGGGGGACGUGUCGCUGUGCCGUUGGCACCCCAAACCCUACCACCACGACCUGCCCUACGGCAGGUCCUACUGGAUGUGCUGCCGCCGGCCCGACAAGGAGGCGCCGGGUUGCCGUGUGGGGCUGCACGAUAACAACUGGGUGCACCCGGCGCCGCGGCGCGACGAUGGGAGGUGA